AUGCGUCACGACCACUUUGACCUGUUUUUCCACAUCCUCCUGACAAGUACCAUCAAUGUCUCCCGUCUAGCGAAGUCAAUCAUCUGGAGUUGGUAUCCAUUCAAAUUCUUCAGUGGGCUUUAUCUUACAUUCAUUUACCACCACGAGAUUCGUGCAUGCUUGGAGAUCCUGUCUGAUCAAAAUGGAUGGCUCAAAGUAUUCGAGGUACUUUUCCUGUUCAAGUUCAUCAAAGUUAUCGUCCAUACAAUCUCGUUCUUGCUUUACAAACCAUACCCUCUGCCACGAUACCCCUCGGUCACUUCUCAAGAUGUCACGGUCAUCAUUCCUACUAUUGGAGCAAUUGACGAUGUUGAGUUCAGAGAAACACUUAGUACUAUCUUGGCCAACCUACCUGCGGAGAUUAUCGUGAGUACUGUGGGCGAAAAGCGACUUUACAUGGCACAACGGGUCUGCGCCGAGGAGCUGGACAAAGCCAGGGCUCUCAGGAAAACGCGUACCAGAAUGCGUGCUAUGGAAAUUGAUACGGCAUCCAAGCGUAAGCAAAUUUUCGAGGCCCUCAAAUAUGUCCAAACCUCAAUCGUCUCCCUUGCCGAUGAUCACGUCUUUUGGGGUGAUCGAUACCUCACCGCUGCUCUAGCUCCCUUCGAAGAUCCUCAGAUCGGUGGAGUCGGCACUAACAAACGAGUACGCCGUCUGCCAUUCGAGUUCUCCUUCCCCAACUUCCUCAACUUCAUCGCGUGCAAUUACCUCGAACGCCAUAACUUUGAAUGUACCGCGUCAAUUUUCAUCGAUCAAGCUGUCUUCGUCCUGUCCGGCCGCACUGUCUUCUAUCGCACCAACAUUUUUCGACACCCCCGUUUCGAACAGGAAUACUGCAGGGAGACAUGGCUCUUUGGUAUCGUUGGAAAGAGCGGAUUCGCUGUUGAUGACGACAACCUCCUCACCCGGUUUACCAUUGGCAUUACCAAAUAUAAGGUCUGGUUCCAGAAUUGUCCUGAGAGCACCAUGGUCACUGCACUCGGCGAACCAGGAAAAUUCUUCAAGCAGAUGGAUCGGUGGAUUCGCACGACUUGGCGAUCAAACUCCACCAGUCUCUUCUCCGACCAAACUCCUUGGAAGACACAACCCUGGUCUGUUUAUGCCAUUUAUCUGUCGAGCUUCGUCAACUUCGCCCUAUUCUACGAUACUGCCCUCUUUACCACGCUUUGGUAUGGCCUAGAAAGUGGUCUUACAUGUUCUUACCAAUUCUCGGAACAUGGAACCCACGCCUGGUCACAUCACAGCCAAACUCGGCCUGCAGAGCUCCUUGUACGUCUUCCAACACCACUCUUUGUUCCGGCAUCCUGUCAUCAGAUGGCCGCCAACAAUCGGUUCGGGAUCACCAGAGGUUCUUCGAUGUGCAUUUUGGCUCUCAUUCUAUUCACCUCGAAGAUGAUCAAGCCUCUUCCACAUUUUUGGCGAAAUCCUCGGGACAUCUUGUAUAUUCCUUUCUACAUCCUCUUCGGCUACUACCACAGUUUGAUAAAGUUAAAAGCUCUGUUCACUGUCUGUGUCAUAUCAUGGGGAUCAAGACAAGGGGUUGAGUGA